GGAGAGAGAUCUGAACGAAAGAAAGUCAUCGUCACUCCCAGAAAGAAAGAAACUCAAAGGUAUGAGAAGACUAUCCGACUCGUAGCUGCUUCUGGAUACGAAUUGUUUCUCCACUAUCUCAAUUUGUCUCCGUCUGCUAAGAAAAUAAAACAAUUUGUAAUUCUAGGGUUUGAUCCUCUCUCUUUCAAUCGUCCCUAAUUUACUGGUAGUUUGGAUUGUAAUAUCUUAAUCCCGCGGAUUAUACUAAGAUUACAAGUUCGAGAAUUGAUUCAUUCACUGCAAAUUUCCUUCGUUUGCUUUGAUUUCUUGGAAACUUCUGAUAACAAAUCGUUUCUGAGAACAUGUUUUUCUUCUUCUUGUGAUUGUGUCUUUCAAAGCAUACUUCUCCAAUUCUCUUUGGUUUCUUCCUUGUGAUUUUUGAAUAAAUUGUGUUAUUUUGGUUUCCUUUUAGCUUGAUGUUGUUGUUUUGAAAUCUCAGGUUACAAUGGCGAAGCUAAGGCCUAGACAGUUGGAACUGAGCAAGACUGUUCCUUCCAAGUUGGGUUUUGAUGGAGAAGAAGACGCUUGGGUCUUUGUUAAAAAGCAGAAAAUCUUCAUUGUCUUGCCUUCUCUUCCACUUCCUCAACAACAGCAUUUCACUUUGGAGAAACCUGCAAUAUCUCCUCAAUUAGAAGCUGGGUUUAGAGAAAGCAUGGAGGUUACGCAAGAUAGUACCUUUGUUCACACUGUGGUGCCUUCUCUUCCUCUGCCUGAAACUCCUCAAUCACAAGCUGAGUUAAGAGACGCUCUUGCGGAUACACACUUUACCACUCCUGUUCCCACUGUGGUGGUACCUGCUCUUCCUCUACCUGAACAAUUCAUUUUGCACAAGCCUGAAACUUCUCAUUCGCAAGUUCAGUUCAGAGAUUGUAUUGCGAAUACGCAUAAAACUACUCCUCUUCACACAGUGGUGCAUUCUCUUCCGGUAACUGAACAUUCCACUUUGCAGAAGCCUACAUCUUCCCAGUCACAAGUUGAGUUAAGAGAGUCUAUUGCGGAUACUCAUGGAACUACUCCUCUUCAAACAGAGAUUUCUUCUCUUCCAUUACCUCAACACUUCGUUUUGCAGAAGCCCGCAACUUCUCAAUCACAAGCGGAUACACACGAAACUACUCUUCUUCACACAAUACUGCCUUCUCUUCCUGUACCUGAACUAUGUACUUUGCAGAAGCCUGCAACUUCUCAAUCACAAGCUGAGUUAAGAGCGAAUACGCGCAAAGCUACUCUUGUUCACGCAGCAGCGAUGCCUUCUCUUCCUGUACCUGAACAUUACAGUCUACAGAAGCCUUCAACUUCUCAAUCACAAGCUGAGUUAAGAGCGAAGACGCGCAAAGCUACUCUUGUUCACGCAGCAGCGAUACCUUCUCUUCCUGUACCUGAACAUUACAGUCUACUCAAGCCUUCAACUUCUCAAUCACAAGCUGAGAAGCCUGCAACUUCUCAAUCGCAAGCUGAAACUAGUCGUGUUCAAACUGUGGAACCUGAGGCCUGUCCUGAUUUCACCUCAGUAGACAAACCGGAGAUAGUUAUGAGUCGCAGUCUCACAACCAGGAAAGCUCCAGCACCAAAGAGAUCACUGCAAGAAAGUAGGAAGAAUCAGGAUAGAAGAGUGGAGAUCCACAGGAGGCGUGCGGGUCACAAGCCCAUAAGGUUUCCAAGAGUGAUGUGUAGCUCUGUUGUUAUGGAUAAUGAGAAGCUGAGAGUGUUGAAUCUGGAGAAGAAGGUUGAGAAAGCGGGAGGGUUGAACGAAUGGGUUGGAUCUAUAGGAUUAGGGAGAGAGUUUGAGAGGAUGUUGAGAGGACAGAGGAUGAGUAAGUUUCAGAUGGCGAAUUUGACAAUGGAGAAGCUUAAGCAGAUGGGUGCUUUAGCCGUUGGGCCAAGAAGAAAGCUUAUACAUGCAAUAGGUUGUGUCUAUCACCCACAUUGUCUACGUGCUUCCUUUAACUGAGAACUAUCUGUUAGAGUUUAGUUGAGGCCAAUAAAACUUAGCUUACGCUUUAUUGAUGUUCAACUAGUAUUGUUUUGGUUAUUGAUACUCUUUGGACCAUAUAUGUAAAACAGAGCAACAAUCCACUGUUUGAUGUGAUCAUUGCAUCGUGCUAUUUUGUAUUUGACUAUUUGGGGAUCAGUCGUCUAUUAGCGUUGCAC